CGUUUGGAUCAUGAGUGGUACUGGGAGUACAUCAUGGUCUGGUUUGAUUGAGAAUGAGCUGCCGUCAGUGGCGGCUACGCAGCGCGAAGAAUCUGUAAAGAUACGCCGCCUGGUGGAGGAGGGGGAAAGGUCGUGGGGAGGGGACGAAUCUUUUGAAGAAAAUCUUUUUGAAAAAGUGAAAAGAAGUAAAAGGAAAACGCCACCGACGGGCAGUAGGUUGAAAAGACCAAGGAGGAAUCUUUCUAGUGCGGAAUCUAGUGAUGGAUCGAUUCGGAAUAGUGGUAGUAGAAUUAAGGAACGAAAAUUAGAGCGGAGCGAAGCACAUGUGGGUGAGGAGAAUCCACAGUUCUCUGAGGAGUGUUCUCUGUUGGAUCGUCUUUGUGAUGAUGAACGUAUGCCUGGUGACUCGGUGGUCUCCAUGGAAGGAGCUGAAAGGCUGACAGAGGCAUGGCGGAAGGAGAAGGACAAGGCGGCUCCUACUCGUGAGGUCAUUGAUCGGCUGACCAACGAGGGGCUGCUCGACGAGAGAUGUGUGGUGGGCUUUUGGGAGAGGCAGAAGACUCGUGAGGAGGGGAGGCGGGGCUCGGCCAAAGAUUGUGGGAAAACGGCUAAGUCCAGUCGGGAGAGGACUGAAUUACUAAGCGGAAGAGUUGUCAAUAAGGAUAUGGUUAAUAGGAAAUUUAUGAAGGCGUUGGCGAAAGAAAGGAGUCCGUCAGUGAAGCGAAGGGCCCUUCUUUCGGUCUUCAACGACCCCACGGAGGCGGCGAAAGCAGACGUUGUUGCGAGCUUCGUCCACCGGAAGGGCAUCGAGCUCCUACGAGAUUGGCUUCGGGACCUCGCAGGCGAGAGAGACCCCGACAUACCGCUCGUGGAGGCGUGCCUGUCCUCGUUGGAUCAGCUGGAGAUCACUGAGGACAUCCUCAGACACACGGGAAUUGGCCGAGUCGUGACUAUUGUUGUUAAACGAUUUGCGAUCGCCUCUGAAAGCUGUUCUUUGGCUGGGCGCGCGCUACUCGAAAAGUGGAAGGCAAUUGUGACGAACUCGAGGAAAGCGGCAGACUCGGGCUUCGCCGUCCAGGGCUCUAUCAAAGUGAGGAUGUAUAAAAAUGACAUUCAUGAAGUGCUUCGCUCCGCUCAGUCCGACAUCCAUUCCUGGGAGAUCGACUGGGAAGAUGACGCCGACUUGGAUUGUUUGAUGGACUUGAUGGUGGAGGAGAUGACUGGGGGAGAGAGCGGGAAGUCGACUCCCAAGGCUAAAGACCAAGGGAAUUUGUCGCUGAUGGCCCUACCCGGGUCGGAGGACUUCGAAGACGACGGAGAGGAGGAGAAGCCCGAAGGCACCUUGAACGUUUCUGCAUCUACCGAGAGCUCACCUAAGAUACGCUGGAAAGAGGACAGUGAACUCGUUGCCAUGGUCGUAUUCGAGAAGAACGAGCCCUUGUGGGAUACCGUCGCGUGA